AAAAGGGUGUUUUAAAUUUAAUUUGAUUAUACGUAUAUACAAUAAAGAAAUAAAAACGGCUUCAACAAGGAUCUAGCUUCAGUGUGCUCUAGGUAUCAUGCGGAUAAUUAAUGCUGACAGGUGGAGAAUUCGACACUGCAUUUUGUUCUUAACACUGCAAGUUAAAGGAAACUUAUCUGUUUUACUAAAUCAAGAAGAACUCAAUCAAGGAGUAUGUGAUGGUCAGAUGUUAAAUGCAAACAUCAAUGUUACCUGUGAAUUCAGUGGAGCUAGAGCUAAAAUCAGUGGAGGGAACGAGAUAACACACUGUGAAAACAGAAUAUGUGUAAAGGGGGGACAAUUCAGCGGGAAAGACAACCUCCUUAAUGUUUUCUUCCCUAUGGAUUAUAAAUCACACAUUGAUAAUCUUUUGGAAGUAAACGUCACAUGUUCGAAUGGAAGUGUCUUUAAAGAUGAAUUACUCAUGGUACCAUGCCAAUCUCAAUUUCAUCACUCUGUCGUUUGCAACAGAACGCAUGCGCGGAUAACGUGUGAACACAACUCCUACAAUUUAUCUAAAUAUGGAAUGACGAUAAAAAACUUUACAACCGGAAACACACUUGAUCAUUGUUGGUGGCGGGAAAACUCCUCGGAGUGUUUUAGAGAGUUAGCCAAAGGUAUUCCUAAUGGUUCUCAGUUAAUUCUACCAUACGUGAAUGGGCAUGAGGUGUUGAUAUGUGAAAUGGAUGGACAAUUUGUAAACAUCAACAUUACAUGUGACCAAG